CCAGCCGGGGUGUGGGUGUGGUCCGAGCUUCCACGGUGACUUCCAGCUUUGCGUCCAGAGCCCGCGAACGUUCCGAAGCCCGCAGCAGGUCUCCCGGGACCCGGCCCCGCGCGCUACCCCAUUUCCCCGCAGCCUGCCUUCCCCGAGAACGUUCUGACACCCUCGGGUAACGCCCUCGAGCUCUCGGCACUCUCUCGGGAUCGCUCUUAUCAUCGCCCCCUGUUGCUAGCUGGCGAACAGCGGCGGGAAGCAUGCGGGACUACGACGAGGUGACCGCCUUCCUGGGCGAGUGGGGGCCCUACCAGCGCCUCAUCUUCUUCCUGCUCAGCGCCAGUAUCAUCCCCAAUGGCUUCAAUGGUAUGUCAGUGGUGUUCCUUGCUGCGACCCCAGAGCACCGCUGCCGGGUGCCGGACACCGCGAACCUGAGCAGCGCGUGGCGCAACCACAGUAUCCCGCUGCGGCUGCAGGACGGCCGCGAGGUGCCGCACAGCUGCCGGCGCUACCGGCUCGAGGCGAUCGCCAACUUCUCGGCGCUCGGGCUGGAGCCGGGGCGCGACGUGGACCUGGAGCAGCUGGAGCAGGAGAGCUGUCUGGAUGGCUGGGAGUUCAGCCAGGACGUCUACCUGUCCACCAUCGUGACCGAGUGGAAUCUGGUGUGUGAGGAAGACUGGAAGACACCCCUCACCUCCUCCCUGUUCUUCGUCGGCGUGCUCUGUGGCUCCUUUGUGUCUGGGCAGCUGUCAGACAGGUUUGGCAGGAAGAGCAUCCUCUUCUCAACCAUGGCUGUGCAGACUGGCUUCAGCUUCUUUCAGAUUUUCUCCAUCAACUGGGAGAUGUUCACUGUGUUAUUUGUCAUCGUUGGCAUGGGCCAGAUCUCCAACUACGUGGUGGCCUUCAUACUAGGAACAGAAAUUCUUGGCAAGUCAGUUCGUAUUAUAUUCUCUACGUUAGGAGUGUGCAUAUUUUAUGCAUUCGGCUACAUGCUGCUGCCACUGUUUGCUUACUUCAUCAGAGACUGGCGGAUGCUGCUGCUGGCGCUGACGGUGCCGGGGGUGCUGUGCGUCCCGCUGUGGUGGUUUAUUCCUGAAUCUCCCCGGUGGCUGAUAUCCCAGAGAAGAUUUAGAGAGGCUGAAGCUAUCAUCCAAAAAGCUGCAAAAAUGAACAACGUAGCUGCUCCAGCUGUGAUUUUCGAUCCUAUGGAGCUACAGGAGCUAAAACCCCUGGAGCAGCAGACAGUUUUCAUUCUGGACCUGUUCAGGACUAGGAAUAUUUCCACAAUAACCAUUAUGUCUGUGCUGCUAUGGAUGCUCACCUCGGUGGGUUACUUCGCUCUGUCUCUCAACGCUCCUAAUUUACAUGGAGAUGCCUAUCUGAACUGUUUCCUUUCUGCCUUGAUUGAAGUUCCAGCUUACAUUACAGCCUGGCUGCUCCUGCGAACCCUGCCCAGGCGUUAUAUCAUAGCUGGAGUACUGUUCUUCGGAGGAGGUGUGCUUCUCUUAAUUCAGUGGGUACCUGCAGAUUACAACUUCUUGUCCAUUGGUCUGGUGAUGUUAGGAAAAUUCGGAGUCACUUCUGCUUUCUCCAUGCUGUAUGUCUUCACUGCAGAGCUCUACCCAACCCUGGUCAGGAACAUGGCCGUGGGGAUCACAUCCAUGGCCUCCAGAGUGGGCAGCAUCAUCGCUCCCUACUUUGUGUACCUCGGUGCUUACAACAGAGUCCUGCCUUACAUCCUCAUGGGCAGCCUGACAGUCCUGAUCGGAAUCGUCACCCUGUUUUUCCCUGAAAGUUUUGGAAUGACCCUACCAGAGACCUUAGAGCAGAUGCAAAAAGUGAAAUGCACCUAUCUUACUUUCAGGUUCAGAUUUGGGAGAAAAACAAGAGAUUCAAUGGACAAUGAAGAAAAUCCCAAAGUUCUAAUAACUUCAUUCUGAUCAAAUUUUCACCCCAUUUGGUGAACUGAAAAACAGAUACAUAAGACUGAAGAAACCAAAGCCUUUCCUGAGGAAAUGGACCGACUGUAACAAUUAAUGGACCUUGCUGUUGAGAAAUGUUUGUCAUAUAGCAAAUUCUGGAGCAUUCUUCCAGAUAAUCUCCUUAUUUUUGAAAAUAAAGCAUUUCUAGAGAGUCCUUCUUACUAAUUAA